CAUGAAGUUGAGUUUUCACAACAAAGAAACACAGACGCACAGGUUUUGCUGUAGCCCAUGGGCACAAAAUUCCUCCUGUGAAAAUUCUUUCACAGGUCACAUACUCACGUUAAGCAGUAGGUGGCCUCAGGUGAGUAAGUUUCACAGGGUGUGUCUGGUUUGUGCAGAGGUAUAAAGGUAUCUCUUACCACAGUGUGGCAGAACAGGUUUGGCCUUGCUGUAAGGAUCAGAGAGACACCUGCUGCUGCUCCGUUAGUUCACAGCAGACAGACGGUCGUUCACACUCCGGGUGAAGGAACAGACAGACAUGGCUGCAACCACUCAAUCCAUGGGGAGUCUGCCCAGCGGCGCGGGCAUCUGCACCACAGUGCCGGACAUAUUUUACCUGCCUGAACUGGUGUUUGGUGGUCUGGUGUGGAUCCUGGUGGCAUCGACACACGUGGACCCGCAGAACCCUCUGGGCUGGGUGAUGUUCGUCUCAGUCUUCUGCUUCGUCAUGACCUUCCUCUGGGUGAUCAUCUUCAUGGCUGGGUGUCACAGGAACAGCUCUCGCUGGGCUGCAGCUGACUUUGCUUACCACGGCCUGGCAGCGUUCUUCUACCUCAGUGCUGGUGUGAUCCUGGCUUACAUCACCAUGGGAAUGAAAAGCUUUGGCACAGUUAAAACCUAUCGGACCUACAUUGCUGCAGUGGUGUUCGCCUUCUUGGCCACACUCCUCUACUUCAUCCACGCCAUCUUCUCCGCCAUCCGAUGGAAACACUUCUGAAGAGCCGAGGAACAAACCAGCACAGUCCAAGAAGUGCUGCACCUCCUCUGUGUGUGUGUGUGUGUGUGGGUGCUUGUGUGAGUGUGUGAGUGUAACAUCCUCCUGCUUCAGUUCACAAUGAAGGAUUUAAGCCCCUUUUUGGGACCUUUAAGGAUAUUUGGUGAGGACAGAGCAGGCGAACAAGCAUGAUGGGGAAAAAGUGAAAACUAAAUAUGGUUUCUUUUAAAAAGAAAUUAAACAAAAUGUAUGAUUUAAAGUUAUUUGUGUGAGCCAACAGCUCAGUGUAUUACUCUUUACUUUAUUUUACCAAAUAUUAAUUUGACUUCUUGAGAUCCAAACAAUUUGGUGUGAAUGCUAUUAUUAUGACGGCUCCAGGCAAAAUGAUAUAAAAUGAUGAUAUAUAUAUAAAAUAUUGAGCCUGUAAAACAAAAUAUUGGACUGAAUUUUUCCUUUUUUUUUGACAUUGUUUACCUUUAUUACACAACUUAGAAAUCCACUGGAGCCCCUGUUUACUCACACCACAGUUCAACCUCAACUUUACUAACAGAGCUUUGUUGGUCUGCGAUGACUAUUCAGAUUUAGUAAAAAAUAAAACUACUUUCAACUGUGACUGUAUCUAGAUUUGAACAAAUGAUUUCCCCCUGUAGAACAAACUCCAGUCGAUCAGGGUGUUAAGUUUAGAUACAGGACGUACAGGAUGUUUUUUUUUCAAUAUUAAAACAAAGUAUAUGUAAAA